UGGUAGUUCUUCCGCUUGAAGGUAAGCGAGGGAAAGCGGGUUGAAGCCAGACCGGAAGAGUUGGUGGGGAGGGCGGCCAUGUGUGUUUCGCAUCUUUUCCUGCGUAUGUGAUCGCGUCCACGUGGGGAAGUGACCAAAGCUGGUUCCCAGAGCAACUGGAAAAGCAGCCUAAUUAGAAUUAAAGGAAAUGGCCAGAAUUUUUCAUAAGCCUCUACAGCAGAUAUGGCGCCAGUUUGUGAGGUAUGAGUCUGAGACAACAAUGCCCAGCGUACUUGAAAGAUCAUUGAAUCGGAUCCACCUGCUUGGCCGUGUAGGGCAGGAUCCUGUCAUGAGGCAAGCGGAAGGGAAAAACCCAGUCACCAUUUUCAGCCUUGCAACUAACGAGAUGUGGCGCUCGGGAGACAGCGAAGUGCUCCAAGGAAGCGAUAUCACGCAGAAGACGACAUGGCACAGGAUCUCAGUGUUCAGGCCGGGGCUGAGAGAUGUGGCUUAUCAGUACGUGAGGAAAGGCUCUCGGAUCUACGUGGAAGGGAAGAUCGACUAUGGCGAAUACUUAGAUAAAAAUAAUGUGAAGAGGCAAGCCACAACAGUCAUUGCAGCAGAGUGCGAUCAGGAUAUUUCUCUUUUUGCAAUCGGAACGCCUUGCCUGAAAGUUCCAUUUCAAGAAUUUAGCAGGAAGUACUUGCCCAUCUGGAUGUACCACAGACUGCAGGCAAUGGUAGUGAUCACAAGAUGGCUUCAGGGGUCCAGGAGAGGCUGCUUAAGAUCUACAGAUAACAUUAUUUUCCUGAGUGACUAUACAAGAGAGAAAGAAUGAGGUUACAAAAGAAUGAGGCUUGUACUGUUUCUUCAUUUUUGUAGUGUUUCCUAAAUCUGUAAUCAUGCCCCUGCUUAUAGAUUGUUUGCCAAGAUUAAAAAUAGUCUUUUUUUAAAUUA